AUGUAACCCAGGCUAAGCCAAUACAUAUACCGUCAGCAGAGAUUCGUAAAUCAGUGGGAGUAUUGGGUGGCAUUAAGUAGCGCUAAUCAGGUGUUUUUUAACCAAUCACAACCAAACAAUGGACUGAAUAAUGACUGGCGUCAUUAUUCAGAUAUAAUCUCUGAUUGGAGGCUUGAGUAUAGAACUGAAGUAGCUAUGAAGGUUAACGGCGUUCCAGCUAUUUAUAAAAAUGGAAUCCAGUAUGCAGAUCAUGACAGAAAUCUGGCUGGCGCUGAAACUUCAUGUAGCUACAUUCGUAAAUAUGGUUUCAUCAUUCACUAUAGCUGA